UAGCAUUUUGCCCACUCAGCGCAGCGAUAUCGUGUAAAAUUGAUUUAAAAACAUAUUUUCAAAGUACAGUAAAGGUCUCACGAGUGUGAAUAACGUAAAGUUGGUUUCUUGCAUUACAAUGAGUCAGCGCUUGCGGUGUUUGAGUGUUUAAUCGUUAGCUGCGUUAAGAUAAGAGCGCAUGUCUUUUGAAAAAUCGAAACGGGCAAAGAGACUUGGCCGGGUCCAAAUAAACAAUAAACAUUAGGCAAAACCAGUCAACGAGCACAGGUGAUAAGCGCAAAGCGAAUUUUGCAGUCAAUGCGCAAAAGUGUUAAUCAUCGUUAGCUAUUAACUGCUAAUAAAACAAACAAAUAAAGUUAUUAUAUGCAUACGGACGCAAAAAUGCGAAAUUCAAGUAAAUGGAGUAUUUGUGGCGCCACAACGUCAGCUAUAUGUCUCAUUUUGCUGUUGCUUGUGUGCAAUGUGCAGGCUGGAGAUGACGCAAAUCAGCUGCGACUGACGUCACAGAAUUGUGCGCUAACAGAGCCAGUGUAUGGCAAUAAGUUUGAUUUUGCUGGACUACGCUCGGACUUGGCGCAUGUCCUUCAUGGGAUUUACGAGGAUGUGUUUGAAUUCAACGUGUGCGGCAACUUAAGCCACACCUGCCAUGGCCAGAGCAAUGUAGCCGCUUGCCUCAAGCGCAAUGGCAAGGAAUUUGUAUUAGGUCGCCAAGAAGAACUGGUAUACGAUAAUGGGCAAAUGUACUUUCAUUAUACAAACGGCGAAACUUGUGAAAAUGGCACCAACAAGGAUCAAAAAUUUGAGCUAAUUGUAAAACUUUCCUGUGACUAUACCUUGGAUGAGAAGCCAAUGCGUGUUAUAGCUUACAGCUCAGACAUUUGUGUAUUUUACAUUGAGUAUGAAACGCAAUUGGCCUGUUUGCCCAUACCGCCCAAGCUGGAGUCCAAUAGCUGCAGCGUGCGCUUUUCGGAUGCAGGCGACACUUUUGAUUUAAUGCCACUCAGCGAUGAUAACCAUAUAGUUCCCGAUCGUGCAGGCAGCAAUUUCAUUAUAAACAUCUGCAAGCCAGUGCUCUAUGGUAAAAAUGCCAUGUGCCCACCUGGCAGCAGCAUUUGCCGUCGAUUGCAGAAUCAAAACGAUAUAAAGCAGCGUUAUCUAAAUGUGGGCAAUGUGCAGACCAAACCUGUAUUUGAGGAUGGCAAGCUUUUAAUGCGUCACGAGUCCUCGACGCCUUGUGAGCACAAUGCGAGCGUCAACUAUACAAGUGUUAUUAACUUUUACUGCGACAAGUAUGUGACGAAUACACAUCCUUCGUACAUGGGUCUGGACUCUACUGGCUGCACCUAUCAGUUUAAUCUAUUCACACCGCUGGCCUGCCAGAAUAUAAAACCUUGCACUGCAAUUGUGACUGGCGAAGAGCAUCUGGAUCUGAGUCCACUUAGCAGCCUUGCGCCCCGCAAAUUGACCAAGGGUGGUAAAAAUUAUACGUUGGCUGUAUGUGCUGGAGCUGGUGCGCCCUGCCUGACGAAUGGCGGUGCCUGCUAUGAGGAGAAUGGACAGUCAAUUAAUUUGGGCGACUUUAAUACGCAUUUGCGUUUCAAUCAAAGCGGCGCGCCUUAUUUGUUGUACGAGAACGGCGCCAAGUGCAAUGGCAACAGACUGUGGUCAACUAAAAUUGAAUUUGUUUGCGCCAACAACCACACCAAGGACAUUACGGCCGACAAUGCGGUGCAUGUAAUCGAGGAUGCCAACUGCCAGCUCAUAAUACAAUAUCAGACCAAGUACGCUUGCCAGCAGCAGAUCGAUUGCCGGCAAAAGGUUUACAAUGAGGAUUCCAUAGAGGAGCUGUUCGAUUUGACGCCGUUGAUUAAUGCCAAAGACAAUUACGAGGCACGAGUGGAGCUGCCGGCUGAGCAGCUGAAAGAGCUGCCCAAAGCGACAAAGUUCUUUUUGAAUGUGUGUCGUCCAUUAGUGCCGAAAUACCAAUUAGGCUGUGCUGGCGGCUCAAGUGCUUGCAUGGCCAAAAUGUCGGCGAACGGAGCGCCCGAGGAGGAGCAUAGUCUUGGCUUUCCCAUGAUAUCGCUGUCGGUAUUUAAUCGCACAGAUGCGGAGCUGCUGUAUCCCAAAGGUGAUCCCUGUCCAAGCGACAAGAGUCUGAAGUUAACCUCGAGUAUUCACUUCAAAUGCAAUAUGCGUGCAGGUCGCGGUCAACCUGUGCUGCAUGAAAUGGAUAAAUGCUACUAUCGCUUCGAUUGGGCUACGAGUCUUAUAUGUCCGCCACACGAGUGCAUCUUCCAUGAGGACAGCUGCGAGAUUGAGCACGAUGAGGCAGGCAAGCGUUUUAGCUUCAAGAAUGCGCCAUUUACUAACAAUGGACAGUUGGAGAUUGAUUACAACAACAGCAAGCUGCUCGUAAACAUAUGUGGACCUUAUCGCAAAGCUAUUACCGACUAUUCGCAGGAUUUGGUCAACUUGUAUUUCUCGCAUAAGCUGCCUGGGUGUGGCAAGGAUGGCAUGAUGAAUGUGCAGCUGCGACUGAUAUGCAGCAAUCAAACAGAGCCCUCCACGGUUAUAACAGAGGGCACACAGUGCAGUUUGUUGCACGUUCAACGUACGCCUAGCAUUUGCCAGUUUUUGGGACUCGACGCCGUCACAGCUGAUGCCGUUACCACCACCAAGGCCACGCCCACCACUGCGUCCACACAUUCUUCAGCGACGGGUAAGCCAAAAGCAGCAACCACAACUGCAGCAACAGCAACAACAACUGUGGGCGCAACUACAACCAAAGCGGCUCAAGCCGCCGCCGCCUCUCAAGUGGCAACUGCUAGCAGCCCAAACGCCUCCGUGGGCACCAUACUGGGCAUCAUUUUGUCCGUAACCUUUUGCGUCACUUGCGUGGGACUCUUUGCCUUUUCGCCAGCGCGACGCAAUCGUGUGCGCCGCAUUUUCAGACGCAGCUCCUCAGCGGUGCGCUAUUCCAGAGUGCAGUCCAACGAGGAGGCCAAUCUGCUGCUGGAGCCCAAUGGCGAGUUCACCGAAAGUGAUGAUGAUAUGCUGCUUUAGAUGCUACAUAAGCUGCUCCCUUGCUGUGUGGCUGGCGUGAACUGAUUACUAUGAUUACUACCCAAGAAUUAUAGCAAAAUUAUAUUUAAUGAAUACAAAGACAAUGGGGGGGCAACUACACCCAGUUUUAGAACGUUCAACACCAAAGACCGAAAAUGUAACUGAUUGUGAGCUAAUAACUAAUAAUGUAAACAUAAUAUUAUUUUUAAACUACGUUAACGAAAUAUAUAAAGCUUCAGUUUCAGUUGGUUCAUAUAUAUAUACAAAACCCUAUUGCAACGAACCAAAUAAUAUAUUUUAUAUACCCUAUAAUUCAAUUGAUAUGUAAAUGAUAUGCUUAACAUUGUACUUAUAUAUAUAUGUAUAUAUCUACUGGCCGUAGUUAUAUCCAAUGAAUUGCAAAUGACAAUUAUAAUUUGUAACCAAGCUUGCUAUGCGCGCGCUUGUCUGGAAAUAACAAUAAUGUACUUAAUUUUUGUUUUACGCUUACUUUGUACACAUACAAAUAGAGAUAUACUAUACCCGUUGUAAAAAAUGUCUUAAAUAAAAGCAAAACUAUAU